UUGGCUCCAAAUUGGUUUUGGAAUUGGACUUUGCAAAGGUCCUAAUGAGCACUCUCAGAAGGACCAAACUGUCAGGGGUCUACAUGUGAAAAGGAAAUUAUCACCGGGUGAUGGGAAUGGUUCCAUGGUGAAGAUCAUUUCCAUUAGGAAAUAAUAUAUGUCAUUCAAGAUUUACCAAGUGUCCAAAUUUGCAUCAUGUAGCUGUUCAACCUAAAUUAUUGAUAAUAGAUAAUACACAAGCCGAACAAUGACAUAACCAUAUGCAUUGACUUGUUUUUGUCCCAUCGGCCAUCGAUACAAAACUUAUCCAGUUCCCUAAGAUAUGUGUGUGUUGAGUAUUAACUUCAAUUUCAUGAAAUGCGGCCUAGUUUGUAUUUAUUAUUGUUAACUCGGGAUUUUCAAUCGUAUGCAGCAAACCUCAGCUUCCAUUGAGCUAUAGGCUUUGAUUUCAAGAUGAAUGGAAGAAACUCUCACCAAGUAUCAGACAGUGCUUCUGGUACUUAUGAUGAUUCUGAUAUUUAUGAUGAUGACGGACGUGCCAAAAGGACAGGAAAUGUAAAAAGUGCUGUGGCUCAUAUCAUCACAGCUGUUAUUGGUUCUGGUGUUUUGUCUUUGGCAUGGAGUAUUUCUCAAUUAGGAUGGAUUGGAGGGCCACUUGCCUUGUUUUCUUGUGCAAUAGCUACCUAUAUUUCUUCAUCCCUUUUGGCUGAUUGUUACAGACAUCCUGAUUCUGUAACUGGGAAAAGAAACCACUCUUUUAUGGAUGCUGUUAGAGUCAAUCUUGGUAAUAAAAGGACCUAUGUGGCUGGUUUCCUUCAAUUUUUGAGCUUGUAUGUGACUAGUGUUGCCUAUGUACUCACCACAGCAACCAGUAUGAAGGCUAUUAUGAGAUCAAAUUGUUAUCACAAGGAAGGGCACAAUGCUCCUUGUAGCUACGAGGCUAAUAUAUAUAUGGUGCUGUUUGGAGUUGUUCAGAUUGUAAUGUCAUUCAUACCGGAUCUCCAUGGCAUGACAUGGGUUUCAAUUAUUGCGGCACUCAUGUCCUUUACAUAUUCAUUCAUUGGACUAGGACUUGGCAUAGCAACAGUCAUAAAAAAUGGAAAAGUUAUGGGAAGUUUGACAGGAGUACCGACUGCUAGUGUUGCUGACAAAAUCUGGUCAAUCUUCCAGGCAAUUGGUGACAUUAGUUUUUCCUAUCCAUACUCGAUGCUCUUUCUUGAGAUACAGGACACUCUCGAGUCUCCUCCAGCGGAGAAUCAAUCCAUGAAAAAGGCCUCCCUGGUGUCAAUUCUCAUUACAACAUUCUUCUACAUAUGUUGCGGAGGCUUUGGAUAUGCAUCUUUUGGAGAUGCUACACCAGGAAAUCUCUUGACAGGGUUUGGUUUUUAUGAGCCUUACUGGCUUGUUGACAUUGCCAAUGUUUGCAUUAUGGUUCAUUUGGUUGGAGGUUAUCAGAUAUACAGUCAACCAAUAUAUAGCACUGCUGACAGAUGGUAUACAAGAAAAUUCCCAAAGAGCAACUUUGUGAAUGAUUUCCACAUAGUGAAACUUCCUCUAUUACCUGCUUUUGAGAUAAACCUUUUCAGGUUUUGUUUUCGAACGGCCUUUGUAAUUUCAACCGUUGGAUUUGCAAUUCUAUUUCCUUACUUCAACUCAGUUCUAGGAUUAUUAGGAGCCAUAAAUUUCUGGCCAUUGGCUAUAUAUUUCCCAGUUGAAAUGUACUUUGUACAGAAUAAAAUUGGAGCUUGGACUAGGAGAUGGAUUGUUCUAAGGAUUUUUAGCUUUGCUUGCUUUCUUGUCACAAUAGUUGGAUUUGUUGGGUCAUUUGAAGGAAUCGUACGUGAGAAAAUUAGAGAGAAAUAAAGUUUAUGACAUUACCCUUUAAUAAUGCUUACUUUAUUUGAGCAUGAUCAUUGAUUCAUGUAAUUUAGUUUAUUGAUAGGGAUUAAACUAUUUCAGACCAGCCAUGCAAUUAUACAAGUUGCUGUCUGUAUAUCUUUGGAGUCCUUUUUUUUUU